AUGGCACCCUCCCGCCCGCCCGUCACGGACGUGGGCAUCCAGGCCAUGUCUCUCUACAUCCCGCGCACCGCCGUUUCGCAGGCCGCUCUCGAGGCCUUCGACCACACCCCGACGGGCAAGUACACCCUCGGUCUCGGCCAGGCCCACAUGUCCUUCGUCUCGGAUCGCGAGGAUGUCGUCUCGCUGGCCCUCACAGCCGUCGCUGCCGUCGUCCGAGACGCGCAAAUCCCCUACGAACAGAUCGGCCGCCUCGAGGUCGGCACCGAGACCAUUGUCGACAAGUCCAAGAGCAUCAAGACCGCCCUCAUGCAGCUCUUCGAGGACUCGGGCAAUGCGGAGGUCGAGGGCCUCGACAACACAAACGCAUGCUACGGGGGCACCGCCGCCCUAUUCAACUCCCUCGCCUGGAUGGAGAGCUCGGCUUGGGACGGCCGCUAUGCCGUCGUUGUCGCCGCCGAUAUUGCCGUGUAUGAGCCUGGCCCGGCAAGGCCCACUGGGGGGGCCGCCGCCGUCGCCAUGCUGUUGGGGAAGGGCCCCAAGGCCGCGCUUCGCUUCGAGAUCGGCCUCCGCUCCACCGCCAUGGGGAACACCUACGAUUUCUUUAAGCCGCAUCCGGCUGUCGAAUAUCCAGUCGUCAAAGGGCAGGAGACCGUGGAUACUUUCGUGCGUGCGAUGGAUGAUUGCUACGACCGGUAUAGGGCGAGGGCUAAAUUGAAGGAUGGCCGGCCAUUUGACGUCGCCACGGGUACCGAUUAUGUCAUCUUUCACGCUCCGUUCAAUAAGAUGGUUGUCAAGAGCUUUGCGAGGCUCCUAUUUGCUGACUUUUUGGCAAGCGCCGAGGGGGAGAAAGAGAUUUACAAGGACGUGGAGAGGUGGAGGGGGAUAUCGCGGGAUCGCGCCCAUUAUGAUCGCGAGGUCAUAGCUGCUUUCGUCAAGAUUGCAAGGCCCAUGUAUGAGCGCCAGUGCAAACCAGCGGCGUGGAUUGGCGUAGAAAUCGGCAACUGUUACACGGCGUCGUUGUACUCGCAGCUGGCGGCUCUGUUAUAUGAGAAAGGGGACGAAGUGGUGGGGAAGAGAGUGCUAAUGUACUCUUUCGGGUCUGGGUUUGCGGCGUCGAUGUUCUCAAUGCGCGUUGUUGGGGAGGUAGAAGGGGUUGUCGGGAAGAUGCAAUUGAGAGAGGUUCUAAGAGAGCGAGUGGUUACGACUCCAGAGGAAUACGCAAAGUGUUUGGAGAGGAGAGAGGAAAACUAUUGUAGGGUAGAUUAUGUGCCAGAAGGGGAGGUGGAGGAGCUGUUUCCGGGGACCUUUUAUUUGAAGCGUGUGGGGAAGCAGGGGGAGCGGGAGUAUGAUCUCGUGCCGUUUCGGUGA